GGGCGGGGCUUAAAGGACUACGGAAACACGUGACUUAACGAACAUUUAAAGAACGUUUUCGGGUGGCAAUCAUUUUAAUUUCAAGAAGGGUAAAGGCUUCUUAAAACCACCAGCCUCGCCGUGAUAUCCAGGGGAAAGAAAAUGUCCACCAUCAGGUACGGAACCAGCGUUGGUCCUUCAAGGGUUAAAGGAGAUGCUCGUGAGCACUGGGAGGAAGAUGAAGCCAAACCGGUUGACGAUGCUGAUCCUAAUGUGAUGAUGCAGUGCCCUUAUGACCAGAGCCAUCAGAUUCGGGCGUGUCGCUUCCCAUUUCACAUUCUCAAGUGUGCCAAGAAUCACCCCAAACUAGCAAGUGAGCUUAGGACGUGCCCCUUCAAUGCCAAGCACUUGGUCCACAAGCAGGAGCUGGCAUCGCAUAUUGAGCACUGUAAAGAUAAAUCCAUAGAGGAUGCUGUAGAUAGCAGUGCUGAGGUGAACCGGAAGUUUCACGUGCCUAUUAAGUGGACUGCUCCUGCAUCUAAGGAAGACUGGGAAAAAGAGUCUGAUGACAACGCAGAGACGUUUGUGUGGGGAGUGAAGAACAAUCUGCUCCCCGUAAAUAAGUCUGCGCCACCAGUCACCAACCACUUGAAGGCUGAAGUCCGUGCACCUCGAUCUUUCCCCUGGAAAUUCUGACAAAUCCCUUCUUUUUUUCAGUCUACAGCCAGCUGAAGAGUUUUUAUUAUUGAAGUUUUUAAAAUACUAGGUAUUUUUUGUGUGUUUUUCAUAAACUGUGUAUAAACAAGAUUUUCAGACUGCCCGUCAUACUCUGGAUCUGAACUCGAAUACCACAUUUGGCCUCUGCUGAGAUGUUAGUCUUGCUUUGGCUGAUUUUAGACCUUUAAGUCCAACAAGUCUGGUGUCAAACAAAGGAAGUAAGACUUCUGUUGGAAUCAUUGUCCUUUUCUCUUAUUAAUAAAUACAGCUUUGUUUGAACUUGUGAAAUUUUGUUUCUCGAUAGUGUUUGAAACAUGGGCUGUGUCUCAAUCAGCUCACUAGCUCCCUAGGUAAGGACUCACUACACACUGGGUGACUGAUGCAAAAUGAAGCAUUCUUUGGAAAAUUGUUGCAUACAAUGAGUAGUUUGUUAUUGGGGAAAACAUUCUGCAUUGAACUAGCCUAGUAAACUCUGGGGAUCUUUCUCCCAUUCAAUGCUUUGUUUAAGAGUAUCGCCUCUAAGCUUUUUGCAUUAGUAUACUAGGGCGAUGACACCUGUGAGGUCUACCUCCCCUUGGCGGAGUAUCUCCUCAAGGCUUUUGUAUUGUCACACCUUCAAGGCCUGCCCACUCAAGGCCUUUAAAACUGUAACGGAAGUUUCUUCUAGUUUCACUAGACUUGGUGAUUACAGUACCAUGGCAGUGUGUUCUGAUCUACAAUAAAACAUUCCUGCCGAACACUACUUCAGAGUCCCCUGGUCUGCUUCAGUGAAUUCGCAACAUACUCAAGGAGAAAUGGUACAAAUAUUCUCGUUCUCCUUCCAGUGACUCGGGCUGCGGUGAUGGUGGACCAUGUUAAUGUUGAAAUGAUUGGAGUGCGAGUUGGUGGGGCAGAGCCACAGGUCUGCCCUCUUCUCCUCAUCUCCAAUGCCUCAUUUAACCCGUGCAGACAGCUGGACACAGCAGAUGGGCCCUGCUGGCUGUGCUGACAACCGCUUUAUGCAAGUGUGUAUGCUUCUCAGAAACAUUUAGCAUUUCCUUGAGUGUGAAGGAGCCACAGUGUGUACUGAGGGUCUAUAAAUGUUUUUUAUAUUUGUACUGUGCAUCAACUCUUAUGAAAGAUACAGUCUCUUUAAUGGUGAUUAAAAGCCAAUGACCAGU